GUGAGACGAAAACUACGCCAUAGAUCGUAGCUACGUGUACAACCGACAUCAAAAUCACGGUGAGUGCUGACCAUACUGGGCUGACUUGAGCUGAGCAUUGGUUCCGACUCUUGAGAUCUGUGCCAGCUUUUCCAUUUGCUAUAGGAUUGAGCUUUCCCUCGAUUGAUGAUUUAGUCACCUCGAGAGCUCCUUCACGAUGGCCACGAUUAUUUGCGGUCAUAAAGCUAGCUAUUGCGGGAUGGCUCCGCGAAUAUGACUGAUAAACUGAAUGGCUCAAGCCACUUUUUCAGAUGUAGAAUAUGGACGUGAAUGGUAUCAAGGUCUUCCAGAAGUUAGAACUCGGGCUUUAUCUAUGAUUUUGCAUAGUAUUUCGGCGCGAAUUGAUCGAUGGUGUAUGCUUCAUCGAUCGCUGGACAACGUUUCCUGAAAUAGUUGGAUAUCUUUGGAUCAAGGGACUCGUGGCCGUCAGAAUCGAAGGUGAACAGUCAUGGAACUCAUGACGAGUUGCUGAAAUUGAUUGCUCGAUGUGAGACUGAGUCGCUACUCUAGCUCUUGAUGUGUUGAAUGCUUGUGGGACCAGGAACAUUGACUCUCCUAGACUUCGAUUGUCGAAUUCUCUAUCAGAAGCAUGUUGACCAAAGUACCCGUUUCUUGCAACCGUUUCUCAUAUGACGAGAUGAUCGAUGGAGGAAUUAAGACUGUCUUUCUUCUCUUCGUUUUUCGAGUUUUGCAUCUUUGGCGAUUCGGAGCUUCCUAGCUUUGAAACGCUUUUCGUCAUUGGCAUGCUAUCUCAAAAAGUUCUC